AACUGGUUCUUUACAGGGAACACUGGUUAUGACAUAGGAUUUCUUUUCAAUCUUGUUGGUCCUCUCUUCAAAAUGCAGGUUCAAAGGGUCAAGAAACUGUGUAAUGCAAGCAUGCUGUUUUUUGCUGCACUUUUCAUUUUAAGCCAGACUUCAAAUGUCGGGUCCACAGAGGUCACCUAUUGGGCAGAGGUCAUGAUCGAGGGGAACAAAACCCUAAAUGUUGCAAAUCUUCUACCGGACAUACAAGGACCUCUGGACACAACAGGGGUGACGAUCUCAAAUGCAGAAAUAGCAGCAGAAUGUGAGAUAAUUGGCCGAAAUACAACAUGCUGGUGUGGAGGGGGCUAUGUUUGGAGCAACUUCGUGUGUGACAAUGUAAAUAUAUGCUGCAACGUUGAAAAAUGUGUGGCAAAUGUGUCAGACUUCACUCCUCUGUGCCUGCCCAAAGCAAAUGUAAGUCUCUUUGGCACAGUGACUGGAAGCUCUGCUGUUUUGCCCAUUACGAUUAGCCCCGCUUUUCGUGUGCUAAACGCCUUCAACUCAUUGGUUUCAACUGGAAGCACGCUAACUGGCUUAAACACAUACCAGCACAACUUCACAGUGUUGCUCAGUUCGGUGUUUUCCACUGCAAAAGUACAAAACAUAAUAGCAACGCUGUUAUCCGACCCGACCUUUUACACUUUAAGUGUCAGGUCACUAGGAAUGGUUCACAUUGAGGCACCUUCAGGAAAGCUGUGUUACAAUUCAAGACAGCAACUGAACUGUACCUGCAUAGAACGUAUGGACAGAUGUGUGUGGCAGAUGACCAGAGGCGAAGAAUUCCCCAUGACCCUGGGACCAGGAAGUGAAGUCACGCUCUCUGAUCUUUGCACAGAGCAGUCAACGGUCACACUUUUGAAAACAAAUGGAUUUUGGUCCGGAUCAUACGGUUGUCUUUUCAUCUCUGGCAACAUUGCCCACAUGGCCCUGGCCCCCAUUGAAAUCGCACUGUUGCCUGAGGUUAUCAAUGUGACGGCCAACCCUCCAUCAGCAGAUUGCAGUGCCGGAGCAUCGGCCACCGUUAUCAUUUCCUGUACGAUCGAGAACAGCACCGAAACCUAUUCAGCUCGACUAAAAGUUGGAGUUCAAGAGAAUACUGCACCAACUAAAGAAGUGCUCAAUGGCAUCGUCAAGUACUCCGCACCGUUUUCAGUCGACUGUAUGUUAGCGACCAAACCACGUUCAUAUGAUGGUUCAUGCACGUUGGAGAACUCCAUGUUUCAGCAGCGGAAUCGCACCAUAAAAAUACCAGUGAUUUACCCCGGUGACGGAUUUUGUGCAGAGGAAACGAUUGAGAACAGAAUUUGGCCGAAAACAAAGGACAACGAGACAGCAAUUCUGGAUUGCACUUUAUCAGGGAGACAGGGCACGUUCAAACGCAAGUGCACUGGAAACAAAUGGGGCGAAGAAAUCUCCAUGUGUGUCAAGGCAAUCUUGAACAUAGUGACCUUGCAAGCAGCGGAUUUCGAGAAAGGACUUGGUGCAACACAAGAGAUCGCCUCGCUGAUCUUUGAGAGUUUGAGAAAUAACACGUCUGAAGAAAGCGAUAACACCUUCGGUGACGUCAAGGCCACCGUUUCGGUUUUCCAAACUAUGAAAAGUGCAUCGGCGAACAUACGACUGGGCGAGAACCUUCUGCCAAAUUUCAUCGAAUCAGCCAGCAGCAUGUUGAAUGCCACCUGGGAAAUCGGAGAUGAAGAGGAGACUGGUGAGUUGGCCACGGAAUACCUGUCGUCGGUCGAGGGUCUCGUGCAGAGCAUCAGGAUAAACAACAGCGAGGGUUACAAUUCCAGCAAAAUUCAGCUUCAGAUCUGCCGAGCGGGCUCGUCUUGCAACAAGACGGUUUUCAAUGUAGAUGUCGGACUGAACGCGACCGCAGAUAUGGUGAAGACCGUAGGAUUGCAGAGCUUGGCCAACCGCCUCCCAAAAGAGGGCUACGAAGGAGCUAUAUUCCCCAGCAUAGUCGUGUCCACCCAAGUGGAGAACAUGAGUUCGUCAACGGCAAACAUCAAACUAGCUUUCCAAAGUGAUGAGAUCCUUACCGGUACAAUGCAUUGCGUGUUCUGGAACUUCACCGAGCGUAGAUGGUCGUCGGAUGGCUGCGAGUACGUCAAAGGUCCCGGAGGCGUGGGCACCUGCGAAUGCAACCAUCUCACCUCCUUCUCCAUGCUCAUGUCCAAGCACUCAGUCAGCAUGCCUAUGCUCGAUCAGCUCACUUACAUCGGACUGGGAAUUUCCAUCUGCUCUUUAAUCGCCUACAUCAUCAUCGAGGUCUUGGUCUGGAAAGCCGUGGUCAAAUCCAGCCUGUCUCACUUCCGCCACACGGCUCUGAUCAACAUCUCUCUGUGUCUCCUCCUGGCCGACUGCAGCUUCCUGGCGUCCUCUUUCCCAUCCAUUUUAAACGACACCUUGUGUCUCGUGCUGGUGAUAGCCAAGCACUACUUCUUCCUGGCCAUGUUCUUCUGGAUGUUGUGUCUCAGUGUCAUGUUGGUCUAUCAGCUCAUUUUCGUGUUCAGCCACAUUGGGAAAAAGGUGUACAUGAUCAUCGGAUUCACCAUUGGCUACAUCUGUCCCACCAUAACUGUGGUUGUUACGUACGUGUACUACGACCAAGGCACCGAUGUGCCCUACUACAGCACCAAGACCUGCUGGCUUACCUACCAGUCGGCGAUGGUGGGAUCCAUCCAUGCGUUCCUGUUCCCGGUCGGGACCAUUGUGUUGGUAAACUUGUUCUCCAUGGGGAUGGUCAUCGCCACCGUCCUGAAGCCAUCGGGGGCGGAAGCCAACAACAAGAAGGCAGACAAAGAGGCAGCCAAAGCAGUAAUGAAAGUCAUUAUGUUCCUCACACCCGUGUUUGGUGGAACCUGGGUGCUGGGACUCUUUGUUUUCCUACUGGACGAUUUCACACAGUUUACUACCAUCUUUGUUCAUUACGCCUUCACUAUUGUGAACUCCCUUCAGGGUUUCUUUAUAUUGCUGACAGGAUGCUUCGCAGAAAAGAGGGUCCGAGAUGAAAUCUUGAGAAUAGUUUUGGGGAAAUCAGCCAAAGACGGCGGAAAAUAAAUGAUCAACACAAGUUAACGUACACAAGAAGGAUCAUGAUUAACAAUAAAGGACAUGGAUAGACCUCUAAUCCACAGCAGCAGCUGCAGCAGCACCAAAAAUAAAGGACCAAGAUGUCAAAGUACUUUCUGUACUUUACUAAAAUCUGUGGCAGAAAGAAUAGGCUGUUACUUAAAUAUUAGGAACAAAGAGUGAGAAACAGACAAAAAAAUACCGCCAUCCAAGUUUGCUUAUUUAUGAUAGACAUUUGUACAUUUUAAAAGAACAAUGCAAGAGCUAUUGUAAAUAUAUCUGCCAAUUAUCUAUAGUUUUUCUGCCCUUGUUGCUUUUCAUUUAAACUAGUUUCUGAAAAAGAUGUUUUUUGUCUCUGAAAUGCAAUAUAAAAUUUAUGCUGUUCCUGACUCAUACAAAUGCGAUCUUCCUUUGUGGUAAUAACAGUGAGCUACUGUAUAUGACAAGUUUUAGCUCUGCUUUGCAAUUUAAUUUCUAUGUGCUGUUUAAUAUAAGAAGUAACACUUCUCGCAAACAAUAUAUUGUAAAAUUUAACCAGAUUUCAUUUAACACGCCUAAGCUCUCUUCAUAAAUGUGGAUAUAUUUUUCAUAUGACUAAUAGGUAGAUAUAUACAGUAGAUGAGUACUUUAUAGAUCCCAUGUGGGGGAUUAGUGUGAAUUAGUGGUCAGACAUACAUUACUGUACAGUUCAAAGAGCGUACCUGAUAUAUUACAAUAAAUACAGAAACAUUUAUCUACAUUGUAAAGCAUACAUACGAUAAUU